AUGGAGGGGUCGUCGCCAUGCAAGGUUUACUGCUACUGCGGGCUCCUUGCACUAAUGGAGUUACAAGUCGACUCUGGCGGUGACCGUUUAAAGUAUAGCUGCCCGGUGGAGGAUGUCCAAUUGGUAAGUAUUUUAGUUGUCAUUGCGUUAGUGCUAAACAAGAUCUCCAAAUACACAUUGAUUUAUGCGCACCUCUUUAUGGUAUAUACAGAAGUGUUCAUACUCAUUGCUAGUGAGCAUCUGGAUAGCACUCCUCUAGAUUUGGAAAAUAAUGCUAAUGACGAUAAUGAUGGAAGGAGGGUGUUAGGGUACCCUGAUUACAACUUGACCGAGUCCGAGUCUGAAGAGGACAACACAGAAGAAGGAUUCAAUAAAGAUUGGAGUGGGGCAUAG